AUGAAAUCUACUGCAAAGGAUCUGAAACGGGCCGCUGAUAUAUUGGAUGAGAGCGGGGAGGACGCUGCCGCCGGGGGGAAUACGCAUAUGACGUUUCUACAUGUGGAUGACACGAAAACGUACUGGAAGAUUGUGGGAGAGCGUGGGGGGACUAUGGGCGAGGAUCAUAUGGAUUGGUCUACUUGGUGCUCCAAUGCCAGAGAUAAUACUCGGAGCCAUCGGGUGGAUAAGCGGAAGGAGUUGGAGUAUUUGGAGAAGUUCUUUGCUGCUAAGCCGAAGAAGGCCGAGAACAUCGAUUGAUGUCCUUCGAUGGCCUGUGAAUAGUAUGCCCAUGCGCUUGGAGUUGUUGGCGACGUGGUUCGAUUAUGCCUCGCUCGCCUUACGCCACAACUUUUAUGCACGCCCGCAAUACAUAGAUUUAGUACUCGCGACUCGGUCAUAAGACUCCGUGGUCAUAAGCAGACGGGAGUACUGCGAGUGGGUAACAACGCAUGUGCGGGAUUGACUAGAAGUGGGUAACUCGUGCUAAAUGUGAGUAACUCGGGUUAGGGUUAGACUAGUUAGACAGCUGCCGAGCGGAGCGA